AUGAGAUCUUUUAUAUGGAAUCCAUGGUUCAACCCAAAGAAGGAGACAUCAAAGGUUGUAGCCUGGAUAAGCUUCUCAGAACUACCACCAACUUUUUUUGUUAAAGAGACAGUCUUCUCCAUAGCAACUGCAGUUGGAAAACCACUAACGGUAGAUCUGGCUACAGCAAAUAAGACAAGACCAAGCUGCGCAAAAAUCAAAGUUGAGGUCGACUUAUUAGCAACAUUACCAAAAAGGAUUAACAUUGCGGAAAAGGACGAAUCAGGAAUACUUAAAUCAAAAUGGGUAAGGAUAAAUUAUGACUACCUACCAAAAUAUUGCAAACACUGUAGACUUCAAGGGCAUGAGGAGAAGGAAUGUAGAAGUCUUAACCCUGAAUUGGCAAAACAGUUUAAAGAAGAUUUCCGAAAAGAAAAUGCACAAGAAAUUGAUACAAAAACACAAAAUAAAGAAGGCAUUCAUGAAAGAAGGGGAGGAUACUUUACUGGUAAACAAUAA